GAAUGUAAUUUGUGAGCAAUCUGUGUUCAGAUUUGAUAGAAUUGGUGAUAUUAUAAUUAUAUGUCCGGUUUCGUCUGUCUAUAUUUUUUUUCGGAUUACAAUAGUGAAUGGUAAUUUACAUGUGUACCUUUACAAGGCAAACUACAAACCAGACACAGGCCUAGUCCAAUUUCACAGGUCAUGUGCGUCCAAGUGUAGCUAAAUAUAAAAAAUAGUGAGGAUAUAUAAACAAACAGCUUUAUUGAGGGUCAGAAGAAGCUAAAAUAUCUUGGGCCCCAGUAGGUGAUCUGUGAAGCAACAAUGUCUGCCCCUCAGGUCAAUGGGCCCUCCAGCCCCUCUGGGAAGUAUAUAGACAAUAUAGAUCCUGAUGACCCAGAAUACCAGCGUCAGAUGAGGAGACCAGCAGAUGUCAAGGAAGAUGUGAAACAGAUGCAGGAUAGGUCCAGAGUAUCGUUAGUCCUCAACAGCGAGGCUUUUCGUAAAGAGUUAGAGGAGAUUAUAAAUGAACAGAUUUCUGAAGGAAAUGACCCCACCAACUUAAUAGCACUACAGCAAAUUACAGAUCUACUCAACCAAAACAACAAAUCAGGCCAGACAUAUGGUGGUUUUGGAAGAGGAAUUACUUCUGUCAUUCCAAUCGCAGACAUAAAGGGCAUGGAAACAACAAAAUAUACAAAACAGGAAAAACAAUUACGGUGUAAAGUAGCUUCAUUAUACAGAGUUGUAGAUCUGAAUGGGUGGAGUUAUGGAAUUUAUAAUCACAUAAGUGCAAGAAUUAACCAAGAACAUGAACACUUUUUAAUUAAUCCAUUUGGAGUGUUGUAUUCAGAAGUGACAGCAUCAUCAUUAGUUAAAGUGGACAUGCAGGGAGAAACAAUAGAUCCUGGAUCAACAACAUUAGGAAUUAACAAAGCUGGUUUCACAUUACACUCAGCCAUUCAUCAGGCUAGGCCGGACAUUAAGUGCAUUAUUCAUCUACAUACACCGGAAGUUAUUGCAGUCUCCACAAUGAAAUGUGGUUUUCUUCCCCUGUCACAAGAAUCCCUUAUAGUAGGAGAUGUUAGUUUUCAUGAUUAUAAUGGAAUUUUAGUAGAUCAAGAAGAACGGGAUGCAUUACAGCGCAGUCUAGGACCAACAAAUAAGGUUAUGUUUUUAAGAAAUCAUGGUGUAGUAACGUGUGGUUCUACAGUAGAGGAAGCUUACCAUUAUGCAGUUAAUGUCAUGUCAGCUUGUCUGACACAGACAAAGGCAGUCCCAGCUGGAGUAGAUAACCUCAUUUUAGUUAGUGAAGAAAUAAAAAAGAGAACGUUCCAGGUUGGAAGCCAAGGUGGUGGUGGUGUAGACACAGGAGGCAGGAAAUGGAAGCCUGGAGAAUUAGAGUUUGAAGCUGUUAUGAGACAAUUAGAUAAUGUUGGAUAUAGAACUGGCUAUUUAUACAGAUUACCAGCAUUUAAACAAGAAGUUAGGAAAGAGAAGAAUAAUAGCGAUGUUGAAAUACCCCCAACAUGUAGCUCAUUUACGUACAUCAUUGAUGGUGACAUAGAACACUCAAAAUAUGUAUCACCUUUGAAGUUAGCUCGAGACAGACAGAAGCAGAAUUACAAAGCAGGCUGGUUGGUUAACUCUCCUAACAAUUAUGUUAGACAAGAAGUAGAAGAAACUGGAACACAGAACCCUAAAAAAUAUUCAAAGUGGAUACCAGAAGAAGAUGGAUCACCAAACAGAAAGAGUACACCAAUUAAGAUUGAAAAUCCUAAUCAGUUUGCACCACAGGGAUCUAAUCCCAAGGAGUUUAAACUUAAGCAGAAAGAGAUUAGAAAAGAUUACUAUGAAGAAAAGAUAAGUGCAGGACCUCAGUCUAAGAUUUUAGAAGGUAUUACUUGGGAGGAGGCGAAAAAAUUACAGGCCGAAGGAAAGCUUGAUGGAGACUUGAGUAUGGUUGGGGAUAAUGUUAUAGUAUAUGGUGCUGCAUCUAAAGGUAUCAUCCAGAGAGACCAACAACAUAAUGUACAGGUGUAUAAAACACAGUAUGCUGCCAAUCCCUUUGACAGUAUCAAUGAGGAGGAGAUAGAAAAGUACAAGAUUGAGGUCGAGAAUAGAGGCAAAGGAGAACCAGCAGUAGAAGAAGAUUUGUCACCAGGACCUGAUGGUAAACUGAUAUCUACAAUGGAACGUAUGCACAUCAUACAACAACAACAAGUAGAUGAUACACCAGAACCUAAACCAGAAGUAGAGAAACCAAAACCAGAAGUUCCUGUAGAAACCAAACGUCAGUCAUCUAACACCUCCCGUAGUGAAGAAACAACCAUUGAUGAUGUGUUUCAAUCUAACUACCCUCCUGUAUCACCUGUAUCACCUACAGAAAACAAAGUUAUGUCUCGGAAAAAGAGACCUUCUAAAGAAACAAACAUAGAUGAUAUAUUUGAUGAUAAGUAUAACGAGAAACCACCAGCAGUCAGGAGGAGUUCUUCAAAUAGAGAACCCCCACGUAGUCCUGCAUUAAUACAAGAAUUAAAAGAGAAGAGUUUUGAGAGAUCCAAAUCAGAACGAUAUGGGCGUGAUCGUGUUCUAAAUGGAGAUGAGAAGCCAUCUUCCCCAGCCAAGUCUGAUACCCUCAAAUCAACAGACAGUGCCAGUGGUGGUGAUACUCUAGAAGAGAGGAGUAGUAAAGAGGGAUCUCCUGUGAAAGAACUUCCAUCCCCAACAAAAGACAAAAAGAAGAAGAAAAAGUUCAGAAUGCCAUCAUUCUCAAAAAAUAAGAAAAACAAGGAGAGCAAAGAAAGCACAUUAUAAAUAGAACUAUUUGCAAGCCAUGUGAUGUUUCGUCCUUGUGUUUCGUUAGUGUUGCAUGUUGGGAGAAUUUGUAUUUGUAGGGCAUGAAAAAAUAUGGUCGUGUGUUGGUUCCAAAGUGGAAAUAUAAGCAGUUUUAAAAACUGAAAACUUUAAUUUUUUUUUUCUUUCGAUGUUGUUCGAUUGACAAAAAAAAAAGAAUAAAUUUAUUAAGCUUGGCCUUACAGAUAACAAAACACGCGGACCAGAUAAAUGCUUGUAACAUUUGCUUGCCAUGGUGUAAAAAGUUUUAAGAAAUUUAAUAUUCAAUUUUGAUUAUGUAUUCUUACUUAGCCUUUCUUUGUAUAAACAAAGUUCAUUUACUCUUUAGAAACUGCCUGUUGAAAAUAGUUUGUAAUUUAUAUCAAAGUAACAUGUACAUUAAGCCUAGAAACCAGCAUGGAUGAAUAAUUUUGAUAUUUUUGUUUUUAGAAUUUUUUAUGUUUCACUUUUUGCAUUAUAUCUUGAUCAUCCCUGUGCCAUCGUCAUGAAUGAAGGUGUUACGUGAAUUAGUGCUCACGGUUUAUUGAUAUCUGCUGAUUUGAUUUGCAUUAAAUUUCAUAUAUUUAUUCGUCUGACCCUGGAAAUUUGUUAAGCUGAAACUUUGCUAAGAGUAAAUUUUCAGACCAAAACCUUAUUCAUGACACAAAUAAAUUUCUUUUUUAUUUGAUAAAGUAAAUAAAACUUAUUAAUGAUUUAAUUUAGCAAGAUGUAUGCUAGCUAUACAGCAUUGUAUUUGAUUUCAAAAAUCUUUUCACAAGACUUUUUCUGAGGGAUUUCAAAGUAGUACAAAGGGCAUGAUUUAUUUACAGCAGUACUUUUCAUAAGAGCAGGUUGUAUUUUUAUUGUUUAAAGUUAGUUUUAUUAAAUGAUUAAAUUUUUAUUAUUGUUAUUUUAUCAUUUGUUGAACUGCUUGUGUGUGCAAUUGUCUCAUGUUUUCAUGUCUUAUUUUCAGUUUUCGUUUCAUGGAAAUGUCAUGAUAAAAUAUGUUUAAUAUGACACUCUGGGUAUUUAGUUUUGCUAUAAAUGAUACAAAGAGUUAAUACAAGCAGGUGUAAAUACAUUGUAUGGGAUUGUUAAGGAAAUAUAUCAGAAAUAAAAAAUGAGCAGUGUUGGAGACAAUCAAAUUAUUCAAAAUUGAUAGAAACCUGUUGUGAGCAAUUUUCCCUUUUUAUUAUUCAAAAGGAAUCAUUCAUUCUGUUUUCGCCUUAUAGGAGAAUUAUGCAUUUUAUACAGAAAUUAAGAUGCAGAAGCAUAAAAUGCUAACAUAUAUGAUGGUUUAAUUUCACUAAAUUGGAGAAAAAAUGCAUGUUUACAAUUUUGUGUACAUUGAUUUUUUUUCUCAAUACUGCUCGAAAUCCGGAACUGAAUUGCUCAGUAGAAUUUGAAACCAACUUGUAGGUUUAGAAAUAGAGAAAAAAAGUUGUAUGUAAUACAUUCUCUUUGUAUCUAUAUUGUACAAAUACUUAGUUUUUAGAACCUUGGCAUAAUAUAACUACAUACAAAAAUUUACUAAUAAUUUCGAUAGUGCAAUUUUUUUUUAUAUAAUUUGACACAAAUAUUGUUUAUGUAGCAAAUAGGUUGACAGUUUUCACUACAUGGCAUUCUUUGUAAACACAGGACAGGGGCAUGCUUUCUAAUUUUUGAAGGAAUUAGGGCAUUAGAUGUAACUUUACAGCCAGAAAAUGAGUUUAACACUUGCUAAUCCAUUCAUACUUCAUAACUGAAAAUAAUCAAUAAAGCUGUCUCUUCAGAGAAUAUGUCUCUUCUUUCAAGUUUUGGAUAUCUUUUGUCAAAUUGAAAGAUUUCAGUCAUAUAACUUUUUCAAUAAUUAUGAAAAUUACAGAAGUUGAAUAAAGAUAAUUUUAUGUCAUUAGGUUUGUUUUAUUCAUAAGUUUUUAGUAGUCCCAAGGCAUUUAUAUAUUAAUGCUAUUCAUGUUGCACAUAUAAUGCAAUAUUUACAUCGUUUAAUACAUGUACAAGGUAUAUUAAUAGAUUUGCAUUCAUUUCAUUCAAUCAGUGCAUUCUUAAUGCAUAUUAUUAUUAUAAUUAAUUUAAAAUAGAUUGAAAAUAGGAAAUGAAAUAGUCAAUAUAAAACAAUGUAUGUUUCAAUGUUGGACAAGUUGCAAUUAUCUACGAAGGGAAAAUUAUUUUGAAUGUAUUGUUAAGAAUUAAAUUAAAAAGGAAUUAACCAAUUACUUUCCUAAAUUCUGUACAAACAAUUUCAUUUUGACAGAAAUAGUUUUCAUAAACCAAAAUAUGAAUGUUGUGUAGUAAAAUAUAUAUAUUGUAAACAUUAUAUGUCCUUUUAUCUACAUCCUGUCUGUAUAAAUUAUAUGUAACAAAUUUUAAUACAGCUAUGCAUUUUUUUAAAGUUUAUUUUCAUUUUUAUCCAUCUAUAAACUGCCUUUUUAAAAUUGAUUGUGUAUGCACUGUUUAAGGGAAAGAGUCAUAAUUUAGAGAAUCUACAAAUUUUUUCCUACAAGAUCUGAAAAUAUGAAAAAGAUAAACCUGUAAGCAAAUAAAUGUCAUUUUCUAUAUGUAUGUUUGUUGCAAUUGUCUUUAUCAAAGAUAAAAAGUGAAAACCUAGUCAUUACCUGUAAACAAUUGAUUUAAUAUUAUUUUUGCUGAAAUAAAACAAAAAAUUAGCAAGUUUCACAAAAUUUAUAUUGAAUAUUAUGCCAUGUUACUUUUUAGUUGCUAUACUAAGACUAUGCUUAUUUUUCAUGUAUGUCUGAAUGCUUGCAAUAGUCAUCUUCAUGCAGUGUUCAAUAAAGGAAUCCAUACUUCA